AUGACUUCAUUCGGAAAAUAUGUUAGUAAUUUUGUCAAAACAGCUGUUUCGUCUAUUUCCCCUAAUAAAGUAACACCUUAUACUUUAAGCCAAUACGAAUCUGAAUAUGAAAAUUGUGAACAGUUACUACAACAAAAGUCAAUUUAUUAUUUCUACAAAGUGGCAAAUCAUUUUGAUAUGGUUUACUUACCUGGAUCAGUUGGCAUUCCAGUCAAUGGAGAGACUGUCUAUGCUUACAGUUUAUUUAGAUUUCAAGGCGAACAAGAAGCAGGCGUCGCUGUAUUUUUAAGAUACAUAGAAGUUUUGGAUCCUCUGCAUUUAGCCUGUAUGAACAUGAAUUUAUCCAUUGAUCGCACAUAUUUGGAGAAAAUAACUGCGCACUGUCGAAACCAGCGGUCGACGAACCCAAUUAGUUUAGAUGUAGGGCCAAGAACAGGUGUUAGUUUGAUCUACCUUAAACCAUCAGUAUCGUGGGGAUGA